AUGUCCUGGACACCCCUCCUCUUCAUGCUGCUCACCUUCUGCGCAGGUUGUGGCCCUCAGCCAGUGCUCCACCAGCCGCCGUCGGUGUCCUCAUCCCCCAGAACUACGGUCACCCUCGCCUGCACCCUGAGCAAAGACUACGACGUGGGCAUUUAUAGCGUCUACUGGUACCAGCAGAGGCCGGGCCAGGCACCGAGGUUCCUGCUGAGGUUCCUCUCACCCUCAAACAAGAACCAUGGCCACGGGAUCCCCUCUCGCUUCUCUGGCUCCAAAGACGUGGCCAGCAACACAGGGUACUUGAGCAUUUCUGACCUGCAGGCCGAGGAUGAGGCUGUGUACUACUGUGCUGUGGGGGCUGAGAGCAUGCACAGGAAGGUGGAGAGGGUGAAGUUGGAAGACAAGGAGCCUGUUGCUUCAGGGUCCCAGGCCCCCCGGGACACGCUGAUCUGGAGCUAAAGGCCAAAGGGACA